CGAGCCGCGCCGCCCGUGCCGCCGCGAUCCGGCCGAGCCGCGGUGCCGCCCGCCCCCGGCCGCUGCCCGCGCCCUGCGCUUUGUGCGUGCGGCGGCCACCACCAUGCGGGGGGAGAGGCUCCGCGUGGGACGCGGCGAGGCGGAGCGCCCGCGCCGCCCCGGCUGCUGCACCUCGGGGGGCACGGCCCCCAGAGAGCCCUGAGCGGUACGUAGGGGCCACCCCGGGCGGAGAGCACUUCUCUCUUUUAUUAUUAAUCGGGGUUUGGUUUGUGGUGGGUUUUUUUGGUUUUUUUUUUUUCGUUUGUUACUGGGAGAUGGGUGGUGAUGGUGAAGGGGAGGAUUUCUACUGUGCAGCGUUUGCUGGAAGGAAAACCCUGUAGGUGAAGCCAUAUGGGUUCUCAGUGGCAUGGCUUAGUGGCUUCUUGGCUUAACAGUUUUCGGGCGGGGAGUGUGCAGGGUGUGUUUUAGAAGGGCUCGACUGCUCAAGAGAGCUUGAAUAGAUACGUUUAGAGAAGCAGCGCUUUCCAGGAAUUUAAAUGAGACCCUUUUUUGUGGUUGCUUUUCCAGGCUGUUCUGUUAGUUCUAGAUUUGUUUUUGCAGAUUGCUCUUAUCAGUAGUUAGGCAGCUGUGGUAGCAUAUAAAAAUCGAUGUUCUCAAAGGAAAAAAGAAAGUCUCGGUGAAUUCACCUCUGCUAAGCGGUGUGGAUCACUUCUGUGGUCUGGUUUUAUUAUUUAUCGGGAAUGUUAUAGUCUCUAAUGCUUAACUACCGUUUCUAGUUUAUUUUGUUAUGGCAAUGUGCUUCUUUUGGUACUAAAAAAAAAAAUUGGUUGGGUUACUCAAUCAAGUAAUUUAGUUGGUAACUUGAAGGAACAUUUAGUCCUCUCAUUUCAGAAGUGGAGGGAAAUGGUAAGAGAAAGGCAGGAGGCAGUGGCAAACCUCAAGGUCUAGGUUUUGCACGUUUUUAAAUUUGAUUUUCCUUUUCCAGUCUUGCAAACUUUCUGAACUUUUAUCCUUUUGCAAUGAAACUUUCCAGGCGUGGCGUCUGCAUCCAGGUAAUUUUAAUACAUAUAUAUAUAUCUUUCUCUUGUUUGGAAAACUCAGGUGAAAAUAAUUCAACUGGUUUGCAUAGUGUGGGGCUGUAGGAGAUGGGGAAAGACUUGCCACAUUUUUUCCAUUUAAAGAUGGAGCUCUUGCAGUUUUUUGGUUGUGUGUUUUUUUGUUUUUUUGUUUUUUUUUUAAACAGGGGGUUUUAUUUUUUAUGUAAAUCUCAAGUAUGGUUUAGAAGUAUUAUUAUUUCAUGGGUAGUUUCUGAUUAAAAUACUAUUUGAUGAAAAUCCUGUCAUGGAUACCUACUAAUUUUGUGUGUAUUUUGCUAAGACCAACUGCUGCACUAUUGGGAAAAUAUGUGCUAUAUUUGCUGAACGAGAAGCUGCGAUAAAGGGUCUGGAGGUGAGGUCCCUGUCCCUGUGUACUCAAACCCAAGGACUCAACACUGAUUUCUGCAACUGACAACUUUGUGGACACCUCUGCUGUAGGAGACAGGCUCCUCUUGCCAUUUGCUGUGGAAGUGCUGGAUUUGAGAUCUUGUUUUAUUGUCCUUCACCAAUACUUCAAGGCACAGAGGAGCUGGUAAAGGCAUUGCCAUGAAACCUAACUUGAAGCAAUGGAAACAACUCAUGCUCUUUGGUAUCUUUGCAUGGGGCCUGCUUUUCUUGGUGAUAUUCAUCUAUUUUACAGAUAGCAACACUGCUGAACCAGUUCCAAGUUCCUUUUCUUACAUUGAAACUAAGAGACUACUACCCCUUCAAGGAAAGCAGAGAGUCAUCAUGGGAGCCAUUCAUGACCCAUCAUUCUCGGAAACCAUUGAUGGGAAUGAGGUACUUCUUAAUGAAGAUCUCCUAGGUACUUUUAAAUCGGGGACUGUAAAUUCUAAGAAAUGGACUGUGUUGGAAGAGGCCUUUAGAAAUGAAGAUGAGUUUUUCCCACCCCAGUUAGGAAGAAACUCAAAGAGUGCUUUCUACCAAGUGAAUGAUGAUUAUUUAUUUGCUGCUGGUCAGCCUCAGUCACACCUUCAAGAGAUAGAAAAAUUCAUUUCAGCUGACAUAAAUAAUCCAAAAGGAAAUAUUUUACAGAACAACUGGAGCCAUCAGAGAAGAACGAGGAGAAGGAGCACAAAGCAUAGGAGAAGCCAGAUGUUUGAUGAAUCUGAUGACUGGGAUGGGCUGUAUUCCACAAUGUCGAAAUCCUUUCUUUACAAGCUUUGGAAAGGGGAUGUCUCUUCCAAGAUGCUAAACCCUCGACUGCAGAAGGCGAUGAAAGAUUAUUUGAGUACCAAUAAGCAUGGGGUGCGGUUCAAGGGGAAACGAAACUCCAAGUUGACAGGAGACCAGCUAUUCUGUGAGCUAAAAGAAAGAGUGAAUGUGAAAACAAUAGAUGGCAAGGAGGCUCCCUUCUCCACUCUUGGAUGGGAGAAGCACGUUCCCCAAAUUCCACUGGUCAAAUUAUAUACACAUGGCUUUGGGAGCUGUGCAGUAGUUAUGUCUGCUGGUGCAAUACUGAACUCCUCCCUAGGGGACGAAAUAGAUUCUCAUGAUGCCGUUUUAAGAUUUAAUUCUGCUCCAACACGUGGCUAUGAAAAAGAUGUUGGCAAUAAAACAACCAUGCGGAUCAUUAAUUCUCAGAUUCUCACCAAUCCAAACCAUCACUUUGUCGACAGUUCCUUGUAUAAAGAUGUUAUCUUAGUAGCCUGGGAUCCUGCUCCCUACUCUGCUAAUCUGAAUGUGUGGUAUAAGAAGCCAGACUACAAUCUAUUCACUCCCUACGUACAGCAUCGCAGGAAGAAUCCAACCCAGCCAUUCUACAUCCUCCAUCCAAAGUUUAUAUGGCAGCUCUGGGACAUCAUUCAGGAGAACACUAAAGAGAAGAUACAGCCCAACCCUCCUUCUUCAGGGUUCAUUGGUAUCCUCAUCAUGAUGUCCAUGUGUAAUGAAGUGCACGUGUACGAGUACAUCCCUUCAGUGCGACAAACCGACCUGUGUCACUACCAUGAACUCUACUAUGAUGCAGCUUGCACCUUAGGGGCCUACCAUCCUCUGCUCUACGAGAAGCUCCUGGUGCAGAGGAUGAACAAAGGUUUGCAGGAUGAUCUGUAUCGGAAGGGGAAAGUCAUUUUGCCAGGGUUCAAAGCUAUCAAGUGCCCCAAGCGAAAUAAUUUCCCACACUUGUAGAAGUAAAUCUUUCAGAAACAAUGUGCAAUAAGGUACUACUGUCGUACUAUAAACGAGAAGAGAAUACUUGAAAAAUAUAUCUUAGACCAACUUAGUCUUGAGUCUAUAAAUUGUAAUUAAGUAGCAGGCAUGAGAAAUACUUCUUUUCUGAGCCUGAGUAUUUAUUAUUGCUUGGCAAAUAGUUACAGAAAAAAAGCAAAGGCUUAGCUCAUGAAGGUGCAAAGGACAUAACUUAGGCAGAAAUACAAUGUAUCGUUGUUGGUGUGACUGUCAGAAUUUGUUGGUGGUCUCAUACCACAUAUGCUAGACUGUAAGUUUUUUUUUAAUGAAUUUAUUUAAUUGUCAAACCUGGCAUUGUGAAACAGCCUCAAUUGUUCAUGUAUGUACAGAGUGGCCGGUUGAACAAUGCAGCAUUUCCCUUGGCUCCAUGGGAUUUUCACACUCUCCCAGAAUGAAGCAAUUGCUACUCCAAGCUGUGCAGUCAUUCACUAGAGCAGACUUAAUGCCUGUUCCUACACAGGCUCAGUUCCAGGCCUCCAGCUGAGCAAGGGCUUAGGGUAGCCCUGAAGUGUGUGCAGUUGGAGAUGGCUGUACACCACUGAAGCAGUUAAACUACUGGAUGUGUUUCUGGAUGCCAGUCUCCCAUGCUGACACUGACUGAAGAGGGAAGGGAAAAACUAUUCCUUUAGAGAAAAAAGAAUAUAUUUGUAACCCAAAUAGGAAGAAAAACUCUCCCUGAAAGGACUGUCAGGAAGGUGUGAGAUGGAAAUGGUGCCUUCCCCCAGUCUGCACAGAUACAAAAGAUCCAGAGAAAGCCAAGGGAGGCUGUGCAGCAUUCACCAUUACACUGAAAAGCAAGCAUAGAGGAGCUCACCACUUGUCAACAAAGAUAGCAUUCAGGAAUACAGACAUUAUUUUUAGGUGUUUCUUUGGUAUCCAAAUCAAAGUCACUUGUUCACAAGUUCUUGCUGUUCAGAAAGAAGUUUUCUGACAAAAGAAGAUAUCAGCAUUUUUUACUUAAUGCUUGAAAGACUAUGACCCAGAAAAGCUGUAAUGCCUGCAAGAAAAACUGACAGCAGAUUGCAUAUGGAGAUGGUUUGGUAUUUUCAUUCAUAACACACAAGGACAAUAUUCUUUAAGGUAAUUCUAAAAGUUGGUGGUCUGGAGUAGUUUUCUCAGUUUUUUGGUUUGGUUUGGUUUUUUCCCACCUGACUGUACAUUUUCUUUUAGAGUAAGUUCAGCAGGAAUAUGUGUACACAAAAGCACAGCUAUAUCCUACUCAUGUGCAUCCAGUAAAAAAAGCAGACAGCUCAAAGGGGCAUUGAAAAGAGUAGCUGACUGGUUGUGGUGGAAAGUGGUUUUUGUGUUUUGACUUAAGCAAAAGGCCUUUUCACCUUCAGUAAUGUAAUGUAAGGAUAUCACAAAAACUUUUUUCUCUCACUCAGCUCUUUGGGAAGCAGUAUUGGAAUGAUCUUCUGGAAGGAUUAUUUUCCUUCCUCAAAAUGAAGAAUAAAUGUCUUACAUAGGACUUAGCCUUCUUUUUGGGCUUUUUGAUGAUCUUGAGAAUCUUCUUGUAGACAGAAAUCAUGUGUAGAUGAUCUAAUAACUGUACUUCUGUGUUGUAUGGAUAGUUAUGUCCAUAAAGCAUUUUGGUACAUAUCAAAAUUAAUAAGUUUUACUCAUAUUAGGCUUGAACUCUGGAUAUAGUACAUACCAAUUUCUUUUUAAUAUCAUGUGUGGUGGCAACUUUUAUUCCUGAAGUUAAUAACAUUCUUAAUUAAAUGCAUAGAGGAUAGAUAGCCUACUCCGAACUAAUCUAUUUUUCCAUAUGUUUGGUACCCUGUUUGGAAAACAUAAGCAGUCUGAACAGUGCAAUCAAAUAUGUCUCUCUCUGCUGUAUCCUGGGUUAGCUAUGACACAACUGUAAAGGAAGGGAGCUUAGCUUUCUAAGACUAGUGAAUAUGCUACUUUUCAAUAAGCAGGACCUUCUAGAGUUUCAAAAAGAAAAAAAAUAUACUCUGACUGGCCUGCAACCACUAACUUUUACCUUCAGUUUUCACAAAGAAGAAAAGAAAUAACUGCAUUGCUCAACCACCCACAGCAGGAUUAUAUAGUAUUAUUUGUUCUCUCAAUAAUUUUUCAUAAUAAUCAACACAGGUGUUGCUUAUACAGAACAAGGCAAAUUAUAACGUUUCAUGUAACAAGUGCUAAGCAUGCCUACUUAGUACAUCAUUUAUAUACCAAUGCAGAACCAGGUCUGAGUAUUUAUUACUGCUUUGCAAAUAGUUACAGAAAAAAAAACUCUACAUUUUUAAUUUACUGGACUACAUACUCAAGCCCUUGCAGCCAAAUUUUUUUUCUUUGCCAUAUCUUUCUUUAUAUGGUAGUCAGACCUCCUUCCAUAAGUGCAAAUUUGUAGCACUAUCACCUCAGAAGGUGCUGCAGAGCUGUGCUGCAAACAUUUGCUCACAGAGAAGGAAGACCAACCUGUGAUGCCGCCUUUAAAAAAUGAGCCUGGAAUGGCUUUCUACACUGGUUUCCACUGUGAUGUUUUAGUGGUCUGCCUGCUCAAAUACAUUGUGGUUAUUUAAAGAGCGUUUUCUCUCCUAACUUGUCUUGUCCUCCUUCAGUUUCUGGCACAGGUGCAAGUGUGCUUGAUCUGUUAAUUGAGGGCUCCCAUCCACUUGCUGCAAGGGGGUAGGGGCAGAAAUAAAGGGGAAACAUAGAGGACCUGCAGAGGUGCUUCUCUCACCACUUCUUACUCACUGUGGCAUUGGCAUUCUGGCUUUUAUAAGAGCCCUCCAACAGUUUUUGAUUUACUGGGCACUUCCCUAUCCCUUGUGAGGGAAGAGAAAUGUUUGCAAAGAACAACAUUUGUAAAUUUAAAAUAUUCAAUGUGUGAUAACACUGAACCAUAGCUCUUCUAAAAAUAAUGGAUGAGAGUGCUGGGUUUAGGUGCAUAUUAAAUGCAGCAGGAAAGGAAGUGUAUUUUUUCACCAAGAUCAUGGGACUUUUUAGGGGAAAGAUACAGGUGUGGCUUCAUUGCUCUCCACUAUGUCUGCACUAACAGAGUGGGACAUCACCUAGACAAAACCUGAUGCAUAUCAAGAUGCAUUAUCAGCCAAGCAAUUGCCUCUGCUAUUGGGCCCCUGAGCGCCCUUCACACUUGUAGGCUUUAAAUUUAUGGAGUUUUACUGACAAGUAGGAACAAGUUGCCUUCAAACACUAUCAAGCCUCAUUUCUGUGCCCUGGUGCUGUGGAAAACAGUUAAAGUUAACUGGAACAAACCAGAAACACAGCAGCAGUUUAAGGAAAUGCACUGAGUUUAUGCUGAACUUAAUUAUGCUCUUCUUUCCCCACUGUGAAUUCUGUAACUUUUCUGACUUGUGGUGCUCUAUUAUUUUAUGCAUUCAGUUUUGGAUGGUUAAAUCAAGGCAUUCUUUUGUUUAAUCGAGAAAAAAAUGAAAUAUUUUGCCUCAUUUUGAGCCAAAAUCUUUUUACUAGGAAAAAUCCAUUAUUUUGUUCCAUUUCCUCUAUAGUUCUAAAGGUUACCUCAGCAUAAACUCAUAGCUCAGUCCUUCCUUGGAUUAAACUAUUAAAUGUUUUUUACCUUGUUGUGCAGUUUUAUGCUGUAGAAACUCUGGUAAAUUCAGUGAAAGUACAUGAUGUACCUUUGGAGAGAGAGAGGGGUGACAUAAACACUCUAAUAUACACUCUCUCUGUACAAAUUUAAUUUAAGUAUUGCUUAUCUUUGGUAAAGACAUUUUCUUUGGUGAAGACAUCCAAAUUCUGAACUUGUUGCUGUAGAUUUCUUGCCAAAGUCAGAAAAACCAAAAGAGUUGUUUUUUGUUGUUUUUUUUUUUUUUUUUAAUGAGGACAAGUGUCUACACUCACUUGUUGCACAGACUGAGCACAGUAAUUUUGGAGACUGAUUGAAUUAAACAGGCGUUCAUAAGGCAUGUGGAGCAAUCCCUAGUGGGGUUUUUAAUUUCUUUUUUCUUCAGAAGUUUUUAAGGAUGGAAAAUGGCAUUUGGACAGUGACACAGAUGUACUCGGAAAGGAGUAUUAAAUGCAUUGACUGCAACAAUAAAUGGUUACUGUUUUUCCCUUCAUGCUUUCUAAAGUUGAUGCAUAUUUAAAUGAAAUCCUGCUUUGAAGUAGGUAAUUCAGAAGCCUGCUGUUAAAAGUAUUUUAAUCUUUCCCAGCAUCUAUCCUCUCACACAUAAGGAGGAUACUUAAUUUAACUGUUUUAACUGAUUUAACUGAAAUUGAAGUAACGCAUGCCAGGCGUACAUGAAUCACUUAAUGAAUUUUGACAGUGCAGAUGUCUUCUCUCUGGCUUAGCAGUCAGAUUCAGAAUUUUGUUCUUGAAAUAAGAGUUGUGUUAAAAGCCUUACUUUUUUCAUAUCAUCUCAUCACUCUUAAAAUAUGUAGUCAUUGAACUAUUCAAAUAUAGACUGUGUACUUUUUUAAUAGCUUUGAGAAUUAUUUUGUAUGAUGAUUUUUUUAAAUGAAUGUGUACUCUAAUAACAAACCUUAAGAUUUUACAGGAGUCACAUUUUUAAGCAGUGUUUGUAUACAUUUUAACACUUUUUAUAUUUUCUAUUAUGAUUUUGUAUAUUUUUAUGUAUACAUAGUGUACAGAUUUUUUCCUGUAAAUAAAACAUUUGUUUUCAUUUG